UGCCCUCUUCUAUGUGUGAAGUCUCCACGUCCUCUCUCCGAUUGGUUUUGCUGCUUUGCAUCUCGCUUGGUACAUUAUUCAAGCAAGGCUCUGUUACCUGAGGCUUCUUAUUCUUCUUCACAGACCCGUUUUUGGCUUCUCUUUUCUUUCCCAAAUUUCCACUGAAUCCCAGAGUAAGUCAUUUGAGACGCCAGCCCCACGGCCAAUAAACGGAAGCUGUCUGGGUUUCAGUCAGCUUACAUUGCAGAUCCGAGUAAGUUUUUGAAACUUAGAAAAAGGGAGAAUCCGGGCCUGACGUUUUUGGUGGAUAUACUGUUCUUUUGUUCUUCUCUUUUCGUCGUUCCUUGGAGUCAUAAACUAAAGCAGUUCAAUUCAAAUCCAUGCUAACAGCUGCCUUUGGAGAAUCACCUUUCCUGCAAGUCCAUGUUGCUUUCUUAAGAUUUUUGAAUCAGUUUGGGUGCAUCAAGCAUGAUGUUGGUCAAAUCAUUGCUGGCUUUUUCCACUCCCAGCCAAAGAAGGAUAGAAAUGGCAGGACUCUCUGUGAAGAGUAUAUGCUUUCAUCAUCUGCCAAAGAUUUCAUAUCAAAUAUGGGAAAGGAGUGCCCAUUAGAUGCUGAAAAUUGGUCAAGAGAGAGGAAUUUUGGUGAUAAGAAUGCCCCACAAGCUGUUUUCAAUGCUUUGGAUAAUAUGCUAAAGGACAGUCUAGAGCGUCUGCAGAAGAUGAGGAAAAGCAUAACUUUGGAAAAACUAGAUCAUGCUGGAUAUACAUGUAAAUUUAACUACAUUGAGUACACAGCCAUCAUUAGAAUGUUAUGCUUGGAAGGUAAAUUGGGAGCAGCAUUAUGGCUUCAGAGCAAAAUGGUGCAGAAAGGUUCUCUUCCUGAUGUAUUUACCCACAACCAUCUGGUGAAUGGGCUGUGUAAAAUGGGUUUAAUGGAGAAAGCAGGCUGGCUUAUUGAACAAAUGUUAGAACAGGGCCCCUCCCCCAACUGUGCCACCUACAACACAUUUAUAAAGGGUUAUUGCCUCACUAAUAAUUUAGAUAAAGCUCUCCAUUUGUUCUCUACCAUGGCCCAUGCUGGCAUUCAGCCAAACAGGGUUACAUGUAACAUACUUGUGCAUGCAUUGUGUGGGAAAGGUCUUUUGAAGGAGGCUAAAAUGCUCUUCGAUAAAAUAUUAAAUGAUGAUGAUGGUGAAGGAAAACCAGAUUUAGUUGCCUCUACAAUAUAUAUGGAUUAUCAUUUUAAGAAUGGAGCUAUGAUUCAGGCCCUCAGCAUUUGGGAUGAGAUGCUUCAGAAGAAUGGAAAAGUAGAUGCUGUUGCUUAUAAUGUUCUAAUCCAUGGACUUUGUAUGAAUCAAAAAAUGAAUCUUGCUUAUGGAUAUGCAUGUGAAAUGCUUAAGAAAGGCUUGCUUCCUGAUGUGUUUACUUACAAUACUCUUAUCAGUGCCCUUUGCAAGGAAGGCCGGAUUGACGAAGCUUGCUAUCUUCUUGGGGUUAUGUCUAAAAUGGGAGUUAUGCCUGACCAAAUAUCCUACAAUAUUAUGAUGCAGGGCCUUUGUUUGAAUGGAUAUGCUGUUAGAGCCAAACAAUUGCUUCAAUUCAUGUUGGAUUACAUAAUGGUGCCCAAGCCUUUAAUAUGGAACCUUGUAAUUGACUGUUAUGGAGGAUGUGGAGAUCUUGGCAAUGCAUUCAUUACGAAAGAGCAGAUGCUGGCUUUUGGUGUUAGGCCCAAUGUAUUUACUUAUAAUCUAUUAAUUAACGCACAAAUGAAGAUUGGAAACUUUUAUGAUGCUUAUUCUUUGAAGGAAGAUAUGGUUUUAAAUGGCAUCUAUCCUGACGUGGUUACUUACAAUUUGUUGAUAGGUGCUGCUUGCAAUUUAGGCAACCUUAGUUUUGCACUUCUAUUACUUGAUGAGAUGCUCAGAAUGGGAUAUGAGCCAGAUUUGAUUACUUACACUGAACUGAUUAGAGGGUACUGCAUGAGAGGUAACAUAAAAGAGGCAGAAGAGGUUUUUGCCAAAGUACAGAAAUCUGGUUUAUUGAGUGAUCAUGUUCCAGUUCAGAUUCUUUUUAACAAAUACUGCAAACUGGAAGAACCGGUCAUGGCAUUUAACUUUUAUCAGGACUGGUUAGCAAGUAAACGAUACUGUCAUCUUUACUAAAUCCUGUAUUAUGCCCAUUGCUUUAGACAUUGCGGAGUCAUGCAAUUUGCAAAAGAAAGCUGUGCUUGAUUGAAAGUCUUCUUUUGGUUUCUGGAGUAGACUUCAAUCCAAAUGUGCUGCUCAUGUUUUGGUUCAUACGAGUGACAAAUGCUUUAGAAUUUUCCAGGCUCAUGCAGAUGGUAGCGGCGGAAAAAAAAUCAGUUCAGGUGUCACUAUGCUGCUACUCAGAUUGUUUUUGGAUCUUAUUCUCCCUCGGAACUUGUUCAUGCAAAUAUUAGAACAGUGAACAGUGAACGCACGGGAGGGAAUGCACAAUAUGAAACUGGAGUUUCUCAUAGACUGUGAAGGAAUGUUGAGAAAAAGUGGCACAUCGUGACAUGAAGAAUAUCGUCAAAAAUGCCGGCAAAUUACGAUGCAACAUUGCCAUCAAAAUCUGGAGUUUUGGAAUGAGAACAUGCUUCAAGAAAACUAGGAAUUAUAGUCACUGAUUCAUAUCGUCGAUUUAACCACUAGGCACUUGGAUUAACCAACCAAGUGGUCGAUCCAAUUUAACCAAAAAUCUCGGAGUUCAAGCUUGAAUAUGCAGCAACAAUUAAAUUUUUAAUGGGAGGUUUGUCUCCCAAAAGGUGCUCACAAGUUACUGAUUGUAUUAAUUUAAGUCAGAUUUAGGAUACAAGAGUGAAAAUAAAAAUAAAAAAAAUGCAACUUUGAAUGAUAUGACUGGCCUGCAUAGUUACUUGUGGUUGAUAAAUAAAUAAAAUAAAAGGUAAGAAUUUGAAGAUUUUAA